AUGCUCAAGCCUUUCCAGAUAAGGGACCUGCAUGGUCCCCGGCCACAAGAAGACUCUAAUGAAUCAUUAAAGAACUUUGCACAGACAGUCAUUGAUCACCAGACACAACCUUCACGAUCCGGAAAACAUCAUGGAAUUGUGCAGCUAUCGUCUUCCGAUUACGAUGAGAUAGCCUCCACUCAUCCUCGAGCCAGGCUGACCUAUCCGGAUGAUGAUGACGGCGAGGUCAUUACAGUUGGAUCUUCUCUUGAGCUCUCCCAGCGUUUGGACGAAGCCGUCGAUGUCCCGAUUCGGUCGCAGUUGACGCAACAAUCCGCUAGUACCAACGAUGAUAAACCCAUGCAUAUAUUCGACAUCCGUCGAUCGAACUCUGUUACCGAAUUGUGGAAGAAAUAUGGGCUUGAUACUCAGUCUCCGGUCUUACGAAACCCAGAAGUGGAUGGUACUAAACAGAAGUCAGAGGGGAGUGUUUCACCUUUCCGCGAUGGUGAGAAUACAGUCGAUACCAACCAUCAGCAUACCUCUGCUUCGACAGAGUCCCCUGAACCUCUUUUGACGGCAUUCGAAACAGAAUUGGCCCAACUCCUAGAUGCGUCGCACAUCUCAAAUGAUGGAGAGCAUGCACAGAAAAACCUCUCGGCUUCAGCGGGCCAGAACCAGACAGCAGGCUGUGAUGGACAACAGAGUGCAGCUGAUUCUUUUACUCAAACUCUGCAUCACUUAGUAUCUGGUGCAUGGACGUUCGGCUCUGACAUGAGGUCAAGAAUGCCAGGCAUUGAACAGCAAGUCCGGGAUGUGCAAAGAGCAAUUCCUGAACAUGUUGAGAGCACUCUGCAACUAGCCCUCACUGCUAUGGAAUCCCGGGUGAGGACUCUGAGCGAUGCUCUCAAUGAUACAGCAGCAGCAGCAAGAGCUCAAGGAGGAAACAUCAAUACGCCCGGGGGCGUGGCUGCCAGCACUGUGAAUGGUCUACGAACGAUGGCAUCCGAACUUGGCGAGAUGGGUCAGACCUUGUUUGAAGCAUUUGAGGCUGAAUUGGCAUGCAAUACUACAACAAGUCAGGGUCAAGGUCAUCAUGAAGACGCUCGUGUGUCGUCUCAACCCGAAAUUACACCCGGCAUUCAGCAGCCCCGUCCAAACGCACCUUUCGAUGACGAGAAGGAGAGCUUGGAUUCGAAUAAAGUCAAGGAGGGGUCGGGCAACACUGGACCUCCUGGUGGACAUGAGAAUGUUGGUCCUUCGGCACAGCCGCAGCAGCCCGAGCAACCCCAGGCGCCACUCCGUCCAGGUCCAGGUUUGCAGCCUGUUGAUCUGCCUCACAGAGGGCCUCCUCCCCAUCCCUUCGGUCCUCGCUAUCCCUUCCAUCUCCCUCCACCUCGGCCCCAUCCCAGCUUUCCUCAUCACCACGCUCCUCCACCACCGCCACCAGUACCUUCGUUCCAAACACAUCCAAUCCAUAAUUCGUUCUGGCAACCCCAUCAUCCUCAUCCGUGGUCUCGCGUCCCUCACCACCCACCACCACCACAGUCACGACCAUGGCAAUUUGGGUGGGCUCCUGCCUCCAGACCUGAUUCCUAUAAUCAAACAUCUGCGUCAGAUACGUCUGGCUCCUUGCAAAAUGGGGUCGCUGCAAAGAAGUCGCUGUUUAUCGGCAACGUGGGGUUCAACGUAACGGAGAAGAUGAUCAAAGAUGUGUUUGCCUCGCAAGGAUUCCUUGUUGAAGUACAUUUACCACUUGACUGGCAAACCAGGAAGCAUGCAGGCUUUGGAUACUUGUACUUCGCUUCGAUUCAUGCAGCCAAGGCAGCAUUGGAAGCCUUACAGGGGAUUCUCAUCGAUGGACAUUCGAUCAAUCUCGAAUUCAAUGACCACAUCCCCAUCACAGAUGUACAUGCUUCGCAUGAUAACGAUCGGUCUGCCUCUCGGCCUGGUUCGAACAGUGCGGGUGCUAUUCCUAGCACUCCGGAGCUACCAGGACCUCGACAACUUAUCGAUGAUUCGACAGGGCCGAAUCAGACCUCACGUGCUACAAAGAAAUUGGCUGAAACCUCGGCGCUGCUUGAUCGGGAUAAUGAAGAUUCAGAAUUUUCUGCGCGGUAUCCUUCUCUUAUCCCAGAAUGUAGCAAGCGGUCAUCUUGCUCUAAUAUUCCAACAUCUGGCCCUCUGCCCCACCUGAGUAUGGAGUCCGGCAUGAGCCGCUUCCCACCAGUCUCCCAGUUGGAUGCGUACAUGGUGGCUAAUCAGCGCCGGGGCACUGAGUCGAAUCCUAGACGACGUACUUCGAAUGGGGCCGAAAACACUGUUCCUCAGCGGUCUCCAUUCCCAGAUAGGUCGCGGUCCCAUCGAAGUCCGGAACACCGGAGACACGACAAUCACCCGCUUCGUCGGUCAAACACCAUGAUGCCUGCUCAUCCAGCAUCAAGGCUUGCGGGUCCUUUUGAUCCAAUGGCUCCUACGGAGACUCCCAGUGCAACCAGAGAGCUCAGACGGCGGGCAACUGAGAUUCACACUCUUCUAUCUAAUCCACAAAAUAACCAGUCGGCGCCUCCUUUAGGAAGUUCUUAUCGUAACAUGCCUGGGAGCUUUCCCGCUGGAGACGAGCGCCAAUACCCAGUUUUGGACCGCAAUUUGAGACAUCCGUCUACCAUUAGCCGUGUCGAUGAUUGUGUGGACACGCUUGUUAGCUUGGGGUAUGGAGGUGCUGAAGAAGGCGGGCCGCAGAGACUCCAAGUCUAUGCAGCCGCAGCGGAUGGCAAGGUAGCUGAUGCUAUUGAAAUGAUUGAGGAUGAGAGGAAAGUGUACUCCCAACGGCGAUAA